GCCCUACAGUCGCUAGCUAAGAGGCUAACAGCUAGCCGUAACCUUUGAAAACAAACUGUGACGUGGCUAAUCUGCUCGGACAGCAACAAGAAAACCCGAAUCCCCGAGCGUCAUAUCGGAAACGUUAGACCCCCCAACGCUAAAGUACGAGUUUAAACUACAAGAAAUAAACCCGCGAAGGAAAACAGGCUUUCUGCUGCUAACAACAACCAGCUGAGCAGGAGAAAAGGUAUGCACUGCUGCUGCUGAGACACCUGCUGAGAUGUCAGACAGCGAAGCUUCUGCUGCAGCAACGCAGGAUGCUUCUCCAUCAGCUGACAGCACCUCCUUGUCCACACACCUGGCCCCGACCAGGAAAGCCAGGAGGAGCCCGGAGGCCAGGGCUGAAGCAGAGGAGAAGCCAGCGGAGACGUGUAGCCCGGCGACGAUCUCUCAGGGGGGGUGGGGAUACUGGGGCAGCUGGGGCAAAUCCAUUCUGACCACAGCAACAGCCACUGUGGCCACUGUGGGACAAGGCCUCACUCAGGUGAUAGAGAAAGCCGAGACGACUCUGGGGAUCCCGAGUCCGACCGAACUGUCGGCUCAGGCGGAAGAGGAGAGGCAGCAGGGUGAGGCCGGUGAUGAGAAGCAAGCUGAGAGCGACGGAUCGUCACCGGUGGGAAGUGCGAUGGGGAUGCUGUCGUCUCUCACCAGCGUGGUCCAGAACACGGGGAAGACGGUGGUCAGUGGAGGUCUGGAUGCUCUGGAGUUCAUCGGGAAGAAGACGAUGGACAUGAUAGCAGAAGGUGAUCCUGGCUUUAAGAAGACCAAAGGUCUGAUGAACCGGAAUGCCACUCUAUCCCAGGUGCUGCGGGAAGCAAAGGAGCGAGAGGAGCUUCAGACAGCAGGGGCGGAGUCAUCAGACCCUGAGAAGAAAGCGGUAGCUCAUUAUGGGAUGUUGUUUGAUGAAUUUCAGGGUCUGUCGCACCUGGAAGCUCUGGAGAUCCUGUCCAGGGAGAGCGAAUCAAAGGUGAAGUCGGUGCUGACGACUCUGUCCGGAGACCAGCUGGUCCAGCUCAGGGAGGAGCUGGACCAAAUCAAGGACUCCUUCUCCAUGGUGGAGUUUGAUGAGGAGGAAGAGGAGGAGACUGAAGAUGACGGAGGAGCAGAGUUUGAGAAGGAGCUAACGGAACUCCUGGAGGGUCUUCAUGUGUCCGCCACGGCCGACAAACUCAGCACGGCCUGUAAGAACAUCUGCAGCACAGUCAGUGACAUGAACAAACCCCUGAACAAAGAGGGUGACGAGGAGGAAACGCUGCGCCACUCUGCAGAGGAGGUUCAUGCUGCAGCCAUCAGGAGUCUGGCUGAGCUGACAGCGCGGUCCAUCGAGCUUUUCCACAAACUGGCUGAGAUUAUCCUGACCUCCAGCAGCUGUGUCGAGGCCAGCAUCUUGUCACAAUUAACCGUUGUCCUGUGUAAAGAAAUCUCACAGCUUUCUAAGAAAUUCACUUCCUGUUUGACCACAGCAGGGUCCAGUCAGAAGGGGGACGUCCUGAACCCGCUGAUCACCGGAGUCUUUCUCGAGGCUUCCAACAGUGCCUCUUAUACCCAGGAUGCUUUCCAGCUCCUCAUGCCCAUUCUGGAGAUAUCCCACAUCCAGAGGAGAGCAGAAUUCUCGGAGCAGUGACCAGGUGAUCUCCCCUACUACCUCUGCUGUUGCCAUGACAACUGGAGUCAAGCUCUCCUAGCAAAGACCUGCCACAUCUUUAAAACAUUCAUAAAAACAACAAAGGUGUUUUUUUUUCUUUUCUGUGUUA